AUGCAGAUGACUCUUCACAUCAUUUUCGAGCUGAUCGCAUUCAUCUGCUGCCUGGUAGCUGUUUGCCACAAUGGCAAUUGCUGGUUUCCGUCUAACUGGGCUUUUGCCUUUUCUGUCUCUAUCAUCAGCUUGUUUUGGUGGCCAGCUCUGAUAAUUCAAGACAAGUGCCAAUGCUUUACGUGGAGUGGAAUGCCAACGCUGGAGAAAAUCAUGUGGUUCAUUCUUUACCACUUUGCCUAUGCCGCUGCUAUUAUCACUAUUUCAAAGAGCGGAGCAGCUGUGGCAGCAAACGUAUUCUGGUGGUUCGACUUGUUGGUUUACUUUGUCGAAGCAGCGCUGAUGGCAAAGCUCUUUGAUCACGUGGAAAUCAAAGGACUCACCGAUCAAGGCGCGCCAAAGUCCAAUGUCGAAGUCAGCAAAAAAUGA